AUGGAGGUGCCUAUGCUCCACAAAAUCCGGACGACGAUCGUCAUGGCGAUUGCCUUCACAGCUGAGCAUGCUGACGUGAUGGUUGUCUCGGCCCUGUACCUUCCCAUAGGACGCUCGCUCGAUGUAUCUGUCUCAAAGCUGGGAGAGCUUUCCAUGUGGAGGGGUCUAGUCACGGCCAUCAUUGUGCCAUUUGUGGGGGUGGCGGGAAACAUGAUCAACAGGAUUUAUCUGAUCACUGGCGGAGCUCUCAUCUGGGCUGGCAUGAGCACAGCCUUUGGAUUCUCCACGUCCUAUUCCCAGGCGGCUGCGUGGUGCGCCCUGAAUGGGGUGGGCCUGGCGUUAGUCAUGCCAUGCGUGCAGUCCAUCAUCGCUGAGGUGUACCAUGCGCGGCAGCGGGGACGAGCCUUCGGCACUAUCUUCACAGUCUCCGCCCUGGGUGGCAUGCUGUUCAACUUCCUGGCGAUCACCUACGGCAACCGAGAAAUCCACAACUAUGAGGGUUGGCGAGUGAUGGUAUUUGUAGUGGCGGCAUUUGCGGCGACGGCAGCUGCGGCCGUCUUUCUUGGGGGGAUUGAGCCGCGCAACAUGCAGGCAGGGCAGGGGCACAAUAAAGAAGCGGCCUCUUUUGGCUAUGCCCUGUGGCAAGGGCUGAUCACCAUCUUCACAGCCACAAAGGUGGUAUUCCGGAUCAGGUCGUUCCAGAUCAUCAUGUUUGCCAGCAUCGUGGGAACCAUCGGCUUCAUGGGCUUCGGCUACAAGGUCCUCUAUUUCCAGCUGCUGGGCUUCUCUAGCGUUGCCACUGCCACGCUGAGCCUGUGCACGACAUUGGGCGUGGCACUUGGAUUCCUUAUGGGCGGCUGGGCCGCAGAUGCACUCGCGGUGCGCAUGCCGUACGCGGCGCGCCCCUUUAUCAACCAACUGUCCAUGGCCACCGCCGGGCCGCUCACCGCCGUCCUGUACAAGGCGAUGCCUGGGUGCUCAAAAUAUGCGAGUGGCGUGCCUGGAAGUUUGGACCAUUUGCUGCCGGAGUACGGAAUUCUCUGCUUUGCCAUCGGCGCCCUUAGCUCCUGGCCCGCCUCGAACAACGCGGCCAUCUUUGCCGAGAUUGUCCCAGAGGCGGUGCGUACAUCGGUGUACGCGUUUGACAAAUGCAUCACCGGCGCAAUUGGCGCUCUCAGCACACCCCUGGCCGGCGUGCUCGCCCAGAAGCUCUUCGGCUUCACCAGUCUUUCCCACAAGCACACAGGCACCGCGGCGCCGCCGGCCGCCGCUGGAGGGAACUCCUCCGCAGCCCGCGCAACCGCCGAGGCAGCGGCCAAUCUAGGCAACGCGCGCGCUCUGGAGAACGGCCUGCUGUGCAUCAUGCUUGCUCCAAUGGCGGUGAAGUUCCUGGUUUACUUCGCGCUGUACUACACCCUCAAGAGGGACCGGCUGGCGGCUGGCGAGGACCGGGAACUCCUGCUGACGGAGCUCUGUAAGAAAGACAGCGAGGCUGGUAACGGCGGGGGUGACGGCGCGUCAGAAAGUGCUGCGGAAGCUUCUGGGAAGCUGCCGGUCAGGGCCGACACGCGCGCGCAGCCGCUGCCGGGGAGGCCGGUGUCGGCCGAGCUGUGCCGGCUGCGCAGCCUGUAG